CACAUUUUCCAGCCAAAUCCAAUGCGCCCAAUCAUCCUGCAGGGCCACGAGCGUUCGCUCACCCAGAUCAAGUACAACAAGGAGGGCGACCUGCUCUUCUCGGUCUCCAAAGACAAGCUGGCCAACGUGUGGUUCUCGCACAACGGCGAGCGCCUCGGCACCUAUGACGGCCACAACGGCACAGUCUGGUGCAUCGAUGUUGAUUAUGCAUCCAAGUAUGUGCUUACGGGCUCUGCCGACCAAUCGGCGCGCCUGUGGGAAUGCCGAACUGGAAAGCAGCUCGUCAAGUUUGCCACCCCGACCUCCGUCCGUACCUGCGGCUUCUCUUACAGUGGCAAGACCAUUUUCUACACGACAGACAACGUCAUGGGCCACCCAUGCCGAAUUUUCUUCCACGACCUGAAGGAUGAGCUUGCUCAGUCCACCGAGCCCAAGAAGAUCAUUGAUUUGCCUGCCGGCAACAAGAUCACCGCUGCCGUGUUUGGCCCUCUUGACAAGACUCUUAUCACCGGACAUGACGACGGCACCAUCAACGUCUGGGAUGUUGAGACCGGCAAGAUCAUCAAGUCUUCUCAAGAGCAUGAAAAGUACAUUAAUAGCAUCCAGCUCAACGGCGACCAAACUUCGUUCGUUUCCGCCAGCAAAGACUCGACUGCCAAGCUUUUCGACACAGAGACCCUUGAGGUUUUGAAAACCUACAAGACCCCGACCAACGUCAACUCUGCCGCCAUCUCCCCGUUGCGACCACACGUUGUCCUUGGUGGUGGUCAAGAAGCUCGCGAGGUCACAACAACCUCCACUCGAGUCGGCAAGUUCGAGGUCCGCUUCUUCCAUCUCAUUUUUGAAGAGGAAAUCGGCCGUGUCAAGGGCCAUUUCGGUCCCAUCAACACUGUUGCAUUCCACCCAAGUGGCAAGAGCUUUGCCAGCGGUGGUGAGGAUGGCUUCAUUCGAGUCCAUGCGUUCGAUCCCGACUAUUACGAGUUUGAGUUUGAUUACUAAAUGCUGUUUUUGAGGUCCUAGCUGUGCCUUCUCGUUCUUGUUUGUUGUAGUUUGCAAUGAAAAAUGCUUCAAGCCA